AUGGCCAGCAACUUGAAGAACCUCACCCGCCAGCCGCUGAUCCGCAGCUCGCACAUCAAGCCCAAUGGCCUGAAGAGCUACGUCAGCGCCAUGCGCAGAUACAACUUCACCCCUACCGUCGACGGCCCAUACACCUACGUCAAGCAUGUCGAGUCGCAAGGCCAGCAAGCCCUCUUCAAGAAGACCGGCAGUAGAGUCGGCGGCAAAACCCGCGUGACUGGACAUGUGCUGGCGAAGAAGGACCCCUCGACCGGCCAGACUGGUACCGUACCUGCAACAGACGUGGAGUCCGGCUCCGAGUACCUUUGCCCAGUAGAGAUCGGAACUCCAGCCCAGACCCUCAAACUCGACUUCGAUACGGGUUCCGCCGAUCUCUGGGUCUUCAGCACCGAAUUGCCGUCCGCUCAGCAGACUUCCGCGCAUACGGUCUUCGAUCCGUCCAAGAGCUCCACCUGGAAUGAGUCGUCUGGUAGCACCUGGCAGAUUUCCUACGGCGACGGCAGCAGCGCCAGUGGCGAUGUCGGCACCGAUACUGUGAACCUCGGCGGCAUCAGCAUUGAAAACCAGUCCGUCGAGUUGGCCAAGACACUGAGCAGCGAGUUCGCUUCUGGCGAGGGUGAUGGGUUGCUCGGUCUUGCCUUUGGCUCCAUCAACACCGUGCAGCCCACGGCCGCCGCAACUCCAGUUGAGAACAUGAUCAGCCAGAAGGACAUACCAGCCUCGGCCGAGCUCUUCACCGCCUGGCUUGGCGACAGUACCGAGACCAGCUUCUACACCUUUGGCUUCAUCGACCAAGACUCCCUCGGCGGCGCUACGCCCUCAUACGUCGACGUUGACAGCUCCCAAGGCUUCUGGAUGUUCGACUCGACCUCUGCGUCGGUCAACGGCAAGACCAUCGACCGUUCGAGCAACACCGCCAUUGCCGACACGGGCACCACGCUAGCUCUCGUCGGCGACGAUGUCUGCGAGGCCUUCUACGGCGCCAUCAAGGGCGCCAAGCAAGACUCGCAACAGCAGGGCUGGGUCUACCCCUCCUCCGUGUCCACCGCCGACCUUCCCGCUGUCGAGUUCGCCGUCGGCAGCACCCUCUUCAAGGUCAACCCCGAGGACGUCGCCUUCCAGGACCUCGGCAAUGGCUUCAUCUACGGCGGUAUCCAGUCCCGCGGUAGCCAGGACUUCGAUAUCUUUGGUGAUGUCUUCUUGCGCUCGGUAUACGCCGUCUUCGAUCUCAAUGAUGGCAAGCCGCGCUUCGGUGCCGUCCAGCGCGCUCCGUCUUCCGGUAGCUCGUCCUAG